AUGGCUGCCGCCGCCGUGGGCACUUGGGCAUUCUCCCUGCCUGCGGUGCAGAAACUGAAAUCUCUGCUCAAGAACGGGGUUGGGGCUACGGACUCCUUACAGGAAGUGAUAGCAGAUAUUGAGGACAGUGAGGAAACUGGUCAGUACAUCAUUGGACGAGGUGGCUACCCAAAUAAAAAUGGUCAGGUCCAGUGUGAUGCAGCUAUAAUGGAAGGUUUCCCUGGUCGAUUUGGUGCAGUGGCAGCCUUACAUGGGAUUGGAACUCCCAUUGUGGUGGCUCGAAAGGUCAUGGAUAAGUCAAUUCACAGUUUUCUUGUUGGAGAAGGGGCCUUGGCUUUUGCUAGAGAAGAAGGUUUCAUGGAAGAAGAAAAUGAAUGUAUGCUAAGUCAGCAAAGUGCAGAGGCUUAUCGGGAAUAUUUGGGGAAAAAACCAAACUUCCAUGGACACGAUACUUUAGGUCUCAUUGCCUUGGAUAUUUAUGGAAACAUAACUGUUGGUGUUUCUACAUCAGGGGCUCCCUUUAAGUAUCCUGGGAGAGUAGGGGAUUCUCCCUUGCCAGGGUGUGGUCUGUAUGCAGAUUGUCAGGUUGGGGCAGCAGCAGCAACUGGAGAAGGAGAUAAGAUCAUGUGUUUUUGUCCUUGCUUUCAUGUUGUCCUCCUAAUGAAGCAGCUCGCUGACUCGCCCAGCUGCCACGUUUCACUGAUGACAUCACCGAGGCCGCUCAGGUUUAACCAAUCCGCUAGGGGGAGUCAGAGCGGAGCCUUCUCCCGAGAGACAGUCGGGAGGGGAGAGGAAAGGGAGGGGAAGUGGGGUAAAGUGGGGUGGUCAACAGCUCCCUCAAUGCGCAUGCUCCGAGGGCGCCGGGCUCGUCGGGAAAGCGAGUCCCAGCGGCCUUGCCAAACCAUCUGGCUGCGGGGCCCCCCGGCGCGUGCCUGGACUAUCUUGCCCAGCAUGCAGUGCGGUGCGGCCGCCCUCUGGGCUGUGUAA